AUACCAAAUAAUGUGACAUUAUCCAUCACGCUACGCUUUCCAAAUUCCAACACCUAUAGGCUUAUUAUAUAUAUACGCAAACACACACUAAACCAAAAAUCAACACUUAUAAGUUAAUUUGGCCGAAUACUAAAAAGCACUUUUUUUCUAGAAUUCAUUCCUUUUUGCUUAAGCGUUUUCUACACUAAUAUGGCAUCUUCUUCUCCUGUUUCAUAUGAUAACAAAAAACUAGAGGAAGGAUUUGUUGUUGGUAUGGAAGAGAAGAAACCCAUUCCAAAUCAUGAAAAUGUUCUUCAGAAACAUGCUGCUUUCUUUGACUUGAAUCAUGAUGGUGUUAUUUAUCCAUGGGAGACUUUCCAAGCAAUGCGUGAAAUUGGGAGUGGGGUGUUGUUAUCAACUGCAGCUGCUGUUUUCAUCAACGUGGCCCUCAGUCAGACAACUCGCCCUGGAAAGUUCCCAUCUCCACUUUUUCCAAUUGAAGUUAAGAAUAUCCAACGAGGCAAACAUGGGAGUGACACUGGAGCAUAUGAUUCUGAAGGAAGGUUUGUUGCAUCGAAAUUUGAAGAAAUUUUCGUCAAACAUGCACAUACACAUCCAAAUGCUUUAACAUAUGAUGAGCUAAAUGAGUUGAUAAAGACAAAUAGAGAGCCUAAAGAUGUCAAAGGAAGGAUUGGUAGCUUUGUUGAAUGGAAAAUUCUUUACAAACUUGCAAAAGAUAAGAAUGGUUUACUUCAGAAAGAAACAAUCCGAGGUGUUUAUGAUGGAAGCUUGUUUGAAGUGCUCAAAAAGGAACAUACAAAAAGAAUUACUUCAUCCUAAUUCGGUUGAUAAUUAGGAUGCUUCUAUAUCGACAAAGCAAAAGGCACAAGUUAUUAUUAUGCAUACAAAAGUUUGAUUUACAGAAUAUAUAUAUGCUCAUACACAUAAUUUACACAGUUUGUUUAUAGUUUCAUCAUUCAUUUA